AUCUAGUUGCCUUGGCUGGUCAACUGUCACAAUUACUAACCAUCUGCCGACUAAAAAAGACGAAAACUUUCAGUUAAUGAUCGUUCGUCAACAUAAAUUGUUGUACAAAAUUCAAAGAAGAAAAGGACUAAGCUUUUACGACGCGAUUACAGUGAUAUCACACCCAUAAAACCCAUCCACAUUUGGCGAUUAAAUUAUUUGUAACACCAAUAAUCAUCCUCGAUCCCGGCGAUUUUUGAGAAACUCGAUUCGAAAUGGAAGUCGCCGAGGGUCAAGGCUUGGUCAUCAAAAUGGCCCAAAAGAACAAGGAGACUCAAACGGUGAAGAUAGUGGCCGGCGGAGGAAUGGCUCCCAAUUGGUUCCAUGCGGCGGCGUAUACGGCUCCCGGUGGUCCAUUCACAGGCCAUCCACUAGCCCCAGGACCACCAACUAUGCAACACCAACCCAUAUCCUGCCAAUUCUACAUGGACAGGGAGGAGCAACUCUACCGGCGCGCCUGCCAGAUGAAGGGCAUCCGGGUGGAGCGAUUGAACGAAAUUCGCGAAGAGGAGGACGACUCUGUCGGCUCCGAGGAGGAACCUUCGAAGGGCAUCUACCGCUAUACGUUAGACGAGAUGAAAAGCUACAAUCCAUAUCGUUUUAUCAACUUUUAAGAUAUGUCUCGGAAUCAUCACCACAAUAUCUAAGACCCUUAGUGUAAACAAAACAACAGUACCUUCCACCAUAGCAAACAUAACAUUAUCCCUAAUGUCGCAUCGCCUGUUUGGGAAAACUAGAAUAGUAUUCCUUAGUGACGUCCCUAGAACUUAUAGAAUUAGCGCUUGUGCAAGGAUUAGCUUCUAUAGCCUAUAUAGAGUAUACCUCAUAAGAUGCUCAGCCGACUUGACACUUGGCACACGGAACAUAUGCAUGCCUCCAUCAAACAAUUACAGGAACCACAAUCAGUACAACAGGAACAGCCUGAACAGGAUUCAAAAAUGGACACCGAUUGUUUGCUACCACUUUCACAACCGGCACAUAUAUUAUUAGCAACACAACUCUCCGUACAAUCGAAUCAAGUAUUCGUGAAAUGUAUUCUUAUUCAAAACAAUAAAAAAUUGUUCAUAAAUGGA